AUGACUCCCGCGAGUAUAAAAAGCUCAACUCAAAAUAUCAGUCUCAAAGAAGUCUUUUCAGCUUCAAAAGGCCAAAAAUCAAAAAUGUUGUUUGUAGUCUUGCUUGCCUGCAUUGCUUUUGCUCAUGUUCAAGGUUCAUUUCUUCCUGUCCAACCUUAUGAUUACGGAUAUGCCGUCAGGAAUCUUUUCAGCCACCAGUACAAACAAGAAGCCGGAAACGGCGUUGGAGGUGUAGUGGGAAGCUACGGUACCGUUGAUGCUAGAGGAAACUUUCAAUAUAGGAACUAUGCAUCGGGUGCCGGAUAUCCCAUCUACGGCUAUGGAUUAAAUGGAUACGGACUCAGAUACGAUGGAUAUGGACUUCCAUAUGGGGCUUAUGGAAAUCUUGGCUAUGGUUAUGGAGGCGUAUUGGGGCAUCCCGCAUUGAUUUAAAUUCUAUGGA